CCUGAAAUUUGUCUAAUUGUUUUCUUUCCUCGUGGAAAACUAAGUCGAUAAAUCGCACGAAAGGAUGUGCUUGAGAUGAACGCCUUAUCAGACUGGACUAUUGACAGACAGCGAGCGCAUUAACCGGCUUCUUAGUGUUUCUUCUAAUAAUAAUUUACAUGUAACUGUGACUCUUUAAAGGACUGUGUCAUUCCUUGCACUGCGGUCGUAUAGAUCUGUUUUCAUCUUUUUUUACAAUAAAAGACACAUAAUUUAAAGAGAACAAAUUCCACGCGUGGGAUAUUCAAGGAAAAGCUGACGGCUCGCGCAGUUCUUUAUCACCGGAACGCUGUAUCGAAGGGGGCUGCGAUUGAAACUUUCCGAAAUGCCGCAGGUGGAGAUGUUUUAUUUUGUGUUGAUCAGCCUGUGGAUGUCUGUGUUGGCUCUGGAACCGGCAUCUAAGGUUGUGGCGGAUCGCUACGCUGUCUACUGGAACCGAACAAACCCAAGGUUCUACCGAGGAGACUACCACAUCGACGUAUGCAUUAACGAUUAUUUGGACGUACACUGUCCCCACUACAUGGACACGGUCCCUGAGGAGAGAACGGAGCACUACGUCCUCUACAUGGUCAACUACGACGGCUACAGCUCUUGCGACCACACGGCGAAAGGUUUCAAACGUUGGGAGUGCAACCGGCCUCACUCGCCCAACGGGCCGCUGAAGUUCUCCGAGAAGUUUCAGCUUUUCACACCGUUCUCACUGGGAUUCGAAUUUCGGCCAGGCAGAGAAUAUUACUAUAUCUCCUCUACAGUCAGUGAAAAUGGGAGACGGAGCUGCUUGAGGCUGAAAGUUUUCGUCAGACCUUCAAACAACUGCGAGAAAAGUCAUGACCGCAUUGUCAAAGUCGAUGAUGGAAGCAUCAACUCUAUAGAAAAUAAUAAUGACGGAACGAGUCACGAAUCUGCCGAACCAUCCCGAGGUGAUGUCAACGGCGCCGGAAGCAUUCAAACUUUAGGGCCCUUGUUAGCCUCAGCGCUGGUUCUUUUGGCUUCCCUCUCCUGCUUAUAGCAUCCCGCAUCCCUGAAAUACACAGGAGGACUCGUGAUCGAGCACUUUUAAGAAACAUUGAGAUCUUUCUCUCCGCUAAAAAGUAGUUUCUCGCACAGGAAAACGCUCCUUUGGCGAUAUAACUGGAAGGUUUUCAAUGAACAAAAGCCCCACCCACAGAAAAAAAAACACAAAAAAAACCCCACUAGGUCUGUGUCCUUUCGGUGCCCCUAUGUGACGUUGGAGAGGGACUUGUAAUUGGGGACAGAGCAAGAAAAUGACUCUUUUUCAAAUGACAAAGACCGCUUUCAGUGUUGCCAUCCAGAAAAGAGAAGUCUUAUAACAGAGCAAGAGGACUGUCUGAGGGAUCUCUCCACGAGCAUUGUGGGAAAACGUCGUCACUAUGGACUCAACUGCUGACUCUACUAGAGAUCAAGGCAAACUGUUGCCUGAUAGCAUCCCUUGUAAAGAGGGAGAGCAGGGAGCUUUUUAAUAUCUCAACCGGAGUAGUCCACAUGGACUCAGGUGCUCAGGUGAACGGUGACAAUUUUUGAAGUGUUUUCGUAGAUAAAGGAAAAAGAUAAGCACUCGUUUUGUACAUUGUGUACAGGUAUACAUGGGACUGAAACGCAGAUGUGGUGUUCUUGAAGUAAAAUGCUCAAGUGUAGCUGCCAAAAUCGAUGUGUUGUUAGGAGUACGGAGCAUCACCGAACGAUCGUUUGAGUGAAUAUACUAAUUUGUUUGGUGAAUCAUCCUUUUCUUAUUUAUUGUUCAGUCUUAGUGCUCUUGACACUUUGUUGUACUAGUCAUCAGCCAGGAUUCAGGAGAAAGGAACACAAAUGCCUAGCUGCAGUCAACUUACCUUGAUUUAGACGAAUAACAACAGCAUAACUUAUGAUAAUGGGUUAAUAUUUUAGCAAGUCAAUCCUUGAAAUGAUAUCAGGGGGAAAAAAACCAGUAGUACGUUUCCAUAUCAUAUCCGUCAGGGGUCACGUCGCUCCUUAAAGGGGUCCAUUAUCAUGGAUAGGAGGAGGAAAUGGUUUUGCAUUCCUUUUGUAAAUGCUUCCUGUCUUUUUACCCAAGAGUAAUCAAAAUGAACAGCAUUAACAUUUUAAUUCGGUCAACAAAAUGAGCUCAUACCUUGCCAAUUGAAUUGUUAGUUAUGUAAAAACUAUUUUUUCUAAGCAUGAAGUGAAAGUAAUUAAAUUAUUUUCCUCAAAACGAAUUCUCACAUGGAUUUUCUUUUGUCAAAGUGCAUUUCAACCGUGCCGUUUGUAUUUAUUUACUUUUUUAACACGGAGCCGUGCACAUUAAACGCUCAUCUGGGAUCUACUGAAACAGUAGCGGAGCGCUGCUUCCACCCCGGUGGCAGCUGACACACUAACGUGAUUUAAUAGGCUCUUUGAUGUUGUCCAAAGUGCCUGGCACACAGACCACAUACUGCGAGGCCUCAUGUGGGUUAUUUCUGGAAUUAAAAAAUCGACAGCAGCACGGGAGGAGCGCGGUGUCCAGUUUAGCCGUGGGCUAGCGUUACUCUGGUGAACUUGGCCAGAGAUGGAGAAAGAUGAGAUCUCCUGCUGGGAUCAAUAAUGGCCUUUACAGACACAAAGCAGGGUAAAUAUUUUUCCCCUGGUCCUGGUUUUCCUUUCUUGAAUGGUUUUCAUGUUUUUCAUUCUCAUCUACUUAUCGACAGUUUGGUAAGCAACAUAAAGGUAGCUUUUGACUUUAUGUGGUUAUGUUUGGCUAGCUACUAUGGUUCUUUUAAAAUUAUAACAUAGGAGCACAUGGAUCCUAUGGAUGCUAUGUAUCCGUACGUUGUUUAGCAUAUCAUAUAGUGAUUUGGAACCACUGGUACAAAAGAAAUAAGAGAUAAAUGAGGAGCUAAGAAAUAAUCCAGUCUGAAAGUAAUAAUAUCAAAUACAUUUGUUAAUAUGUUUUAAAUGUACUUGAAAGUAGAAUA